UUUAACCUAAAAAACAUCCUUUUCAUCUGCAUUCAGAUAUAUUCCGGUUUUUGUGAAAAUUAUUUCACCAUGAAAUUAUAAACUAGAUCUAGAUCUAUAAUUUCACUGACCACUGUAAAUCAUGUAAUAAAUAUUUAGUGUUAUUAACCCUAUUUGUCGUUCUGGUCUUUUGGUACUUAUGCCAGAAACAACUGACAAUUACAGGUCAACAUAACUUAACAAUUGUAUGCAUUUAUAUGUAUAAAUAUUUUAAGGGUUAUACUGGUUUAAACUGCACUGAUAUGAAUGAAUGUUCUGUAGGCAUAGAAGAUCCAUGUCAUCACAGAGGUAUUUGUCAUAACACGGUCGGAAGCUAUAGUUGCAUGUGUCUUUCCUCUUGGAAUGGAAGUCAUUGUGAGCAAAAAGUAAAAAGCGAAAUUGAAUGUUUACCAGGCUAUAUUGGAGAUGAAUGCGAAAAACCUUUAUGUAAACCUGGUUAUGCUUUAAACAAUACUGGUUCAAGCACGAAUUACACAUGUUAUUGUGAAAAAGGAUGGAAUCACACUCAUACUAAUGUUCCAUGUGACAAGGACAUAGACGAAUGUAAACUAUAUCCGAAUAUAUGUAAGAAUGGGGGCAGCUGCAGCAACACUAAUGGUUCAUACAUAUGUUAUUGUAUUGAACCAUGGGAAGGUGAAAACUGCACAUUUUAUAAUGCAUGCAGAUCAAAUUCUUGUGCAAAUCAGGGAAAAUGUGCUAAAACAGGAAAUGAUACCGACAGAACGUAUAAAUGUGCAUGUCAACUUGGUUAUAAAGGUGAAAGCUGUACUUUGGACGUUGAUGAGUGCUCUCUUAAGACAACUAAUGAAUGUGUACAUGGAAAUUGCUCCAAUAGUAUUGGUUCGUACAACUGUACAUGCGAAACUGCAUGGACAAGCAAAACUUGUAACGAGACUAUAGACAUUACUGUCACGAUUGAACAAACAACCAAGGUCAGACCAGAAAUAAGAACUACUGAAAUUUAUAGACCUUCGUCUAAAAUAACCCGUGGAAAAACAUACAAUCAAACUGCGAUUAACAAAACAACAACUAAAAUGACGACGUUAAAAAAAAGGAAAUACAACGGAAACAGCAACAAAUGACACGACUGAACAAACAACCAAGGUCAGACCAGAAUUAACAACUACUGAAAUUUAUAGACCUUCUUCUAAAAUAACCCAUGGAAUCAAAUACGAAACAUACAAACAAACUACGGUUACCAAAACAACAACAAAAAUGACGACGGUAAAAACAACAAAUACAACGGAAACAGCAACAAAUGACACGACUGAACAAACAACCAAGGUCAGACCAGAAUUAACAACUACUGAAAUUUAUAGACCUUCUUCUAAAAUAACCCAUGGAAUCAAAAACGAAACAUACAAACAAACUACGGUUACCAAAUCGACAACAAAUAAGACGACGAUAAAAACAACAAAUACAACGGAAACAGCAACAAAUGACACGACUGAACAAACAACCAAGGUCUGACCAGAAUUAACAACUACUGAAAUUUAUAGACCUUCUUCUAAAAUAACCCAUGGAAUCAAAAACGAAACAUACAAACAAACUACGGUUACCAAAACGACAACAAAUAAGACGACGGUAAAAACAACAAAUACAACGGAAACAGCAACAAAUGACACGACUGAACAAACAACCAAGGUCAGACCAGAAUUAACAACUACUGAAAUUUAUAGACCUUCGUCUAAAAUAACCCAUGGAAUCAAAAACGAAACAUACAAACAAACUACGGUUACCAAAACGACAACAAAAAAGACGACGGUAAAAACAACAAAUACAACGGAAACAGCAAAUGACGGCAGUCUUGCAAUGAAAGAAUCAAAAGACGGAUUGCCAAUUAUUGUUGGAGCUAGUGUUGGCGGAGUUAUUAUUGCAGUUGCAGCUGUUGUUGGUAUCUACCUGUACAAAAGGAAACGAGCAAGGAUUGCCUCGGAAGAUAUAACAGGAGACACAGGGAGGAAUGAAAAGUUUAACAUCGAGCGAAUUUUCAAAACCGACCGUGUUGCACCGGAGAGCACCACUGACGUAAAUUCAUUUACUUCUGAACAUUGAAACCAAUUCAAACCGGUGCUUAUAGGCCUGAGAUAUAUUGCACUUGCCAUUGUCUCAAGUUCAAAGCCCGUAUGUCAUGUGGACUCCAUAGUGUGUUUAUCAUUUGAAAAAUGAGAUACUAGUUUAAAUUGCUUCAAAAGGCUAUCAUGGUCUGUUAUUGAGUACACCAAAUAUCUUAUAUGUAUGUUCAUCUUUUAUUUUUUAUUUCACACAGUAUCAUUGGCAUCAUUUAAGGUAUAUUUUGUUGUUUUUUACUGGUAAGAAAAUGCAUAAUUUGUUUUCGUACUUUUAUGUUAACAAAAGAUGUAAAAGGGAGUAUCUACAAAGUAACUCAUACAUUUAAAUUACUCCUCGCUUGUUAUGACAUAUGUAAACUACUUGCUCAUAUACAUCGGUAUUUUACUUACGUUUAAAAAUCAUUUAAUAUCAUUAAGACUCAUUAUGCCUCAGAAAUCCAUAUUUUUCUUCUUUUUUUUAGGAAUGUCAAAAAUGUUAUCAAUUAUUGUUUAAUAACGGAUUUAGAGCAUGUUAGAUGUUUAUCAACUGCAAAAAUAGCACUGAAUAUGCAAUGAUUUGUCGUAAAGGUAGCAAAAUGUAAACAAUGUAUAAUUUUGACUUUUAUUAAAAAUACUUAUUCAAUAUAACAAUAUAACGUUAGUCAUACCACUUGUCAACAGAGGAAAAGAAGUAAACGAUAGUUAAACUGUUAGGUAAAUGAUAUUUUAACUGUAACAAGAUACAAAAUUUAACAUGUUUUCAGAGAUAAAAAUGAUAUCAUAAUGGGCCUUUAAUGUAUAUUCAUUCAUUCACUGUAUAUUUUGUCUCAUACACCAUUUCUUUCUUCGCAUUUUCACAAAAGCAAAUUUCAUUUGCUUUCUUACAUCAUACGACAUCCCAGGUGAUUAUUAUCCAUUUUACAUGUUAUUGUUUUGAAUUCAAAUUUCGCAACAAAUACAGAACAAAUUUAAAGUUUAAGAUACUAGUUAAAGAUUUUUUCAUAUUUGUUCAAAAUUGCAGCUCAAAUAAUCUAAUGAAUUUAAAACAAUUGUAGAUAUACUGAUUAUUUCCAGAGCAAGAUAGAAAUUUGCUAAGGCCAGAUAUUGAAAAUGUUCACUAUGACAUAGUUAAGAAGUAUAGAUGUUUUGCUUGCCAAAAACUGAUUCAUGCAAGUUAAUAUUGCAUUUUUUUUCUUAAUUCAAAAUAAUAAUAAAAAAUAGUUGGUUUAUAUUUAUAAUAUAAUUAAUAGUUAAUUUUCUUACAUUCCACCAGACUCAUUAGUUGAUCUAGGAUACUUUAAGGUACAUGUUACUUGGGCAUAAUAUCCCACUAACGUGUAUUUAAAGUCAUAAUUUAACACAAACUGUUUAAAAAUAGUAAUUUAGCUGAUAUCGAUAAUGAGUAUAUAUGUAAAUCCGAUAUAAUUCUUCUCAGGAAUGUGAUCAGUUUCUAUUCUAUGUACUAGUUUAAAGUUUCAUUUCAAUGAGAAAGCUGAGGGUGACAUAGUUUAUUCACUCGUGGAUACUACAGACCGGUGAUAAUAUUAUUUUAACUGCUAUGGUACAUACCUGUCAUCAAAUACACGAGGGCAGUCACCGUAUUUCAUCAUAAUAAUAGUAAUGUCGAAGAGACAAAUGACGUCACGAUGCAGCACUUUAGGCACCUACUACCGGGAAUACAGACCUUAGGGAAACCAAUUUAUGAACAUGUAAAUUCAUAUGUAUAUUUUUUUGAAAUCAUAUUAUUGAAUUGUGAAGACGACUUUUUAUUAGUUUUAUGACUGAAAAAAUAACGUCAUGUUGAAAUUGUCGUAAUACAUUAUAUAGAAAUGUACAUACAUGCAUCGUCAAACACAUAUCUUUGUUAUAUACAUGUACAUUCAAUUCGAAGUUAAAUAUUCGAAAUCUUAGCAACGUAUAUUUAACCGAAACUUAAAAGUACAUAAAAUGUAUAAAUGUUGCAAGGAAAAUUGUUCAGUCAAUAUUAAAUGAUACGUAUUUGCUCGAUUUGUCGCCUUUUUGAAUGUUUUGUUGCAGGUACCACAAAAAGUAUCCUAAUUGAAAUUAACCUUGAUUGCUAUAGCAAAUAAUGGACCAGGUUUAUGUUUCGAGUUUCCUUGCUAAUUUUCAACUAAUAUGUGCAUAUCGACAUUACUUAAUUUAAGCUGCAUUAACAUGUUAAAUGACAGUUUCGGCUAUAAGGUGAGAGCUGUAGUGCUAUAUCCAGGCCGUACAUUUGGUCAAAAUGUUGCAAAGUCACCCCUGAGAUUUCUGGUUCGAUCCUGGGUAACACCCUUGGGAUUUUUCAGAAAUACUUUCAGUGUUUCUCAUCU